CUCGACAUUUCUGUUCAACAUGUCUCCUUUGCAGGCUCUUCUCACUCAUUAGAAGCGUCUGGAUUUUUCGUGAAACUACUACGUUUGCAGGUUAGCAGCAAGCUAGCGGGCCGUUGUCAGCCAGGACCCAGAAAAGCAGCAUCAUCAUCAAUGGUGUGUCUACAUCCCGGAGCCGUCACAUUUUCCUGUGUCCGCUCAAUGAACUAUCUCCUCAGCUCUCAUCACAGCUGCACAUGUAUGGCGUUUGCGAGGCUUGGAGGGGAGUUUUGCCAAGCCCAGCACCUGCUGCUUAUUGUGGACAAGUGAACAGGAGACACCAGCUAGGCGCAAUCACUGCCAUUCACACACACACAGGUCCUCACUGCCAUCCUGCUCAACCCAUAUGAGGAGAAGCCAACCUUCAGUCUGUCGGCUGGCCUGGGGAGUAGGGGAGGCUUUGGUUUUAGUCCGGGAGUUUCCUCUCUGCUCUUCUCUUUUCCUGCUUUUCUUUUCUUCUCCACUAUCUCAUACAGAUCUUCUCUGAAUGGGCUAACGGAUCUGAAGGGAAGGAAGGAAAGAAGGAUAAAUCUUUUUCUGUCUUCAGUUUUUUCCUUCUGGACUUUGGGUGUCCUCUCUCCAGUUGUUUUGAUCCCAAUCUGUUAGGUUUUGAUUUUUGAUUUUAACCAAGCCAAUUUUAGUUUUUACUUCAUUGCCAAGAAAAGUUUAGAUUUUUUUCCUCUCAUUUCUCUCCCAGGAAAUUUAUCUAGUCCGUUUUGGUUUUUAUUCAAACUACUUUCUGUCGCCAAAGGAGUACAAUAUUUACAUUCUUUUAAUCUUUGCCCAUAAAUCAUAAUUCAGUUUAGUUAUUUUUCUAUUUUUGCAGUCAGAAGGAGUUUCACUUUGAUUCGUUUGAAGACCUCCUACUCAAUUUUUUAAAGCACAGUACUUUUCUGAUCUUUAAUUCUUUAUUAACAAACCUUUUGUGGGUCUAAAAAUGAACCGACCGGCUCCAGUGGAAAUCUCCUAUGACUGUCUGAGAUUCCUCAUCACGCACAACCCCACCAAUGCACAACUGGGAAGGUUUAUAGAGGAUCUGAAGGCAUUUGGAGUUAACACCCUGGUGAGAGUGUGUGCUGCUACGUAUGACAAGACACCAGUGGAACAAGAAGGCAUACACGUUUUGGAUUGGCCGUUUGAUGAUGGUUCAGCCCCCCCAGACCAGGUGGUUGAUGACUGGCUGAACCUGCUGCAGACAAAGUUUAGAGAUGAGCCUGGCUGCUGUGUGGCUGUGCACUGUGUUGCUGGACUAGGACGAGCUCCUGUGCUGGUGGCCCUGGCUCUAAUUGAGUGUGGGAUGGAAUAUGAAGAUGCAGUGCACUUCAUAAGACUGAAGCGUCGUGGAGCGUUCAACUCCAAGCAGCUGCUUUACCUUGAAAGCUACAAACCUAAACUGUGUCUGCGCUCCAAAGAUGCCAACGGUCAGAGCUGCUGUGUACAGUAGGAAUCUGCAACACCACACAUCUUCACUGCAACGACAUAGGAGACUUAAAUCUUUUGAUGUUAAAUGAAAAGUUGACGUCUUUGGGUUUUGUUUUUUUUUUUUUGAUAAUGUGAACCUAUAAAAUCUAUUCAAAGCACUUCGUGGAAUUCCAGAAAUUCAAGGACCUCACUGCAAAGUUCUGCAAAUAUUCUAAAAAGUUUAGUCACGUAACCUCUGAUUUUACAUCAAAAAUGAACCUAAAAAAGUGGAAGUGUUAAAGGUUUUUAUUUCUGUUCCUUUGUCUUUAACCUCAUCUUAAUAUGUAGCAAAACACAAAACCACACAAAUACUUAGCACAGUAAAGGGAAUCCCCACAGUCAAACAGAACAAAUUUUUAACUGUCACUGUGAAUUCAAGUUUGUUUAAAAAAAAAACAACAAAAAAAACAAAAAAAAAAAACAACAUAUAUCACAAAGGUCACUCUCAAUUCGAUGAUACAGGCGCAGCAACAGUAAAUGCUGCUUAUGUUAACAGACUGAUUUAAAAUGUUUAUGUUUGGAUCAAUCGAAAACUUGGUAUUUGUUCUAAGCAACAACACUACAAAUGCUGAGUAAAUAGUUGGCAGUAUGUGCUCUCAGAGGCUUGCUGGUUUAUUGCACAUCAAUCCUCACACAGAUUUAUUUAUUCCAAUCUUUGCUCACUGACCAAAUCAAUGUCCUGCAGCCAGAAUGUGGUGUACACAAUAAAGAACUAGGACAAGUUAGAAAACAUUAAGAAAUAUGCUUAAGAUUAAAAGAGGAAAAAAAAAAAAACGUGUCCUCAGUUUGAUGCAAAUGUGUGAUAUACUAUAUUUAAACAACACUACAAUCUACCUACUUACUCUAUGUCCCGAGUCAAAGUCAUAGGUGCACAGUCUGCUUCUCUGGAACAAACUCACGUUGGCCGCACAUGUUUGACACUGUCAUUCAUAUUGUCACCAAGGCAACAGAGCCAACAUAUAAAAGAUCAGUUGGUGAAUGUAUUCAUAGAGGAAUACUUAAAGGUUUUGGUAGAUUAUCAGCGUUUAGUUGUUGAAAACACAAACAAAAUAAUAUCCUUAGUAGUGGCUGCAGUGGUUCAUGCUUACAUUUCACUAUACAAAGUGUUAAGUGAUACUCAACACUUUGUAUGAUUGAGCGGUAGCAUAUCCGUCUUUCUGCUAGAUAAUACUGAGUGAUGAUCUGUCCAGAAGAUGCUGUUGAUUGACAGUAAGCUCCAUGCAAACACAUGAGCAUCUACUGUUAAAGAUGGUACAGAAAUAAGCUGGUAUUUAACAGAGUAGGGGGAAUUAGCUUUUAGAUGCACAAACACUUAAGAUCAUUUUGAUGACCCAGGUGUCUUCACUAAAAGGACAAUCUUCCAAAUACUUUCUGUAUUCCUAUUACAACAACCAUAGAACAGGACUGUUGUGCCAACAUGGCUGCCACUGAACACUUAAUGGCCGUUGUUAAUCUGCGGCUCUGUACCUACCUAUCUGUCUGGUCAGCCGCUGUGUUCGUAAGAUGCUGUUGGUCUUUGUGUUGUUACCAUUUUUCUAUAGGUUUUAUUUUCUUUACCUUGUGUACCUUUUGAUCUAUUUGUACUUGUUAUUUAUUUAUUGAUUCCACUGUGUUUCUUUGUGAAAUGUCCGUCUGCUGGGAAAAAAAAAUCUACUAGUCCUCUUGGAAAAUUAAAGUGUUUAGUACUGUAA